GACGCGACACUCCCCCCCGGUCGAUGAGGCCGACGUCAGCCUGAGCCUGCCAGCGGAGGAGUGGAUGGCCUCGCUCAUAAAAACACAUCCACACCAUUGAGGAAAGAGGAGCGACGACCAGAGCCGUCUCUUCCCACCCAGCGAGCUCGUGGACACGGACGAGACCGAGCGGGAUGUGCUCUUUGGACUGCAGCGUCGCGGGCUGAGGAGCGCUUGUUUCGGCGUGGCUCGCUGGUUCCACGGCACAGAUAACAGUACUGUAUCCCAGCCUAGCGGAUUGGAGUGAAAGUCCGCCAUAUUCUGCCUUACCACGCCCGUGCAGCGGAGCCACAGGAAAAUAACCCCCAGCUUCUAUUCGAGCCGCGUCGAUCCCCCCGCACGGACAUCGAAGACUUAAAGAGACGUUGUUCGGAUGGCGACGCUUAACGAGAUCAUGUGUCUUAAAAGGAUCUGUUGAUCGUAUUGAGAAGGGAAAGCAGAUUACACCAAUUAAGAUCGCCAAGAUAUUCGACUCAUAACGCGUUUUGGACGCCCUCUUGAAGCUCCGCUGGACGGCGAACGGGGCGGGAGGGGGGUUCAAUCAUUUCUGAGAAAAGAUCUAUUUUCCUGCGGUGGAGGGGCGGCCUGCGCGAGGACGGGGUUUAGCAUCCGCAGGCCUCUUGAUCUUCCGCGGCUGUGAAAUCUGCAUGGUGUAGCCACAACACGACACUGCCAUCGAACUUUGUGGAGGAGGAAAGGGAGACAAAAUGACCCUGGAAUCCAUAAUGGCGUGUUGCCUCAGCGAGGAGGCGAAGGAAGCGCGGAGGAUCAACGACGAGAUCGAGAGGCAGCUCCGCCGGGACAAGAGGGACGCGCGCCGGGAGCUGAAACUGUUGCUUCUCGGAACGGGUGAGAGUGGGAAGAGCACCUUCAUCAAACAGAUGAGGAUCAUUCAUGGGGCCGGUUACUCCGACGAGGACAAGAGAGGUUUCACCAAGCUGGUCUACCAGAACAUCUUCACUGCCAUGCAGUCCAUGAUCCGGGCGAUGGAGACACUCAAGAUCCCCUACAAGUAUGAACACAAUAAGGGUAACGCCAACAUUGUGAGAGAGGUGGACGUAGAGAAGGUCUGCAUGUUUGAGAACCCCUAUGUAGACGCAAUCAAGAGCUUAUGGAACGACCCAGGCAUCCAGGAAUGUUACGACCGAAGGAGAGAGUAUCAGCUGUCUGACUCUACGAAAUAUUAUCUGAAUGCGUUGGAUAGGAUUGCCGAAACAUCGUAUCUUCCCACGCAGCAGGACGUGUUGAGGGUUCGAGUCCCAACCACUGGGAUCAUUGAAUAUCCAUUCGACCUUCAGAGUGUCAUUUUUAGAAUGGUGGACGUUGGAGGUCAGAGGUCAGAGAGGAGGAAGUGGAUCCACUGCUUUGAAAACGUCACAUCUAUCAUGUUCCUCGUGGCACUUAGCGAGUAUGACCAAGUGUUGGUGGAGUCGGACAACGAGAACCGAAUGGAGGAGAGUAAAGCUCUAUUUAGGACAAUAAUCACUUACCCCUGGUUCCAAAACUCUUCGGUCAUUUUGUUCCUCAACAAGAAGGACCUGCUGGAGGAGAAGAUCAUGUAUUCUCAUCUGGUGGAUUACUUUCCAGAGUAUGAUGGUCCACAGCGAGACGCUCAGGCCGGCCGAGAGUUUAUCCUCAAGAUGUUCGUGGACCUGAACCCAGACAGCGACAAGAUCAUCUACUCCCACUUCACCUGUGCCACAGACACGGAGAACAUACGUUUCGUCUUUGCCGCCGUCAAAGACACGAUCCUGCAGCUCAACCUGAAGGAGUACAACCUGGUGUGAGCCUUGCCUGAGAGUGACUGUCAAGAGCUUGUUCAUAUACUAGAGAAAAAAAAAUCUGAAAAAAUUGAAUGGUUACAUAAUCUUAAUUUAUUUGCCAUUUGUCAAUCUCUUGGUCCCCAAGGGGUGAGCGAAGUAAAUGUUAUCUUGCUAUUUAAGGAGAUAAGAUAUUGGGGUUGGCGGUUUGGAAGGGUGGGGGUGGGGUGGGGGGCUCUUCUGGAUAUGUACAGCAGCCAUCCUCAUUUUAAGGCUUUGCCAGUUGUGAAUUUCUGUUUUUCUUUGGGCCGAAAGAAAGACUCAGCUUUGUGCUCUGGAGGUUCCAAGACCUUGUUUGGACUGACACACCGGAGUGACCACAAGCUCUUGACCACCUGCCUUUCUACAGACCUUCUACAAAGAAGGUUUAUAUUCCUCCAUCCCCUCCACCCCCCAUUCAUGUGGUGGUGCUUUCAAGCACCAGACCUCCCUGUCCAAGCGGAAAUGGCAUCACAGAUCUUGGAUUGAAUGAGGCCUUCAUUCUCUCCCAGACAGAUCAGCAGGUGUAUGUUUACUUGAUUUUCCUGGUUAUUUGAAUCAGCGUCACACACACUGACUGACUUAGAACAUCACAUGAUGAAGACAGCUGAAUUCGAAAGCAGCCAUCACCGUGACCAGACGGUCGAUCCUUGGACGCUUCCACUCCGACUGAAGGUAUUAAUUUAUCAAUCGAUGUUUGACUGUGCCACAUUAACAGUUAGGUAAUCUGUAUAUUUUGCCAAUGCCAAACAAGCUAAACGUGCUGUUCGAUGCUUGAAUGAAACGGAACAUGGUGUGAAUAGUGAAGCCAGAGCUGACAGUAGUAUUCAACCAAGUGUAUUCACCUCCCUAUGCACAAACUCCAAGACAGUUAGCCGCCGCCGCCGCCUCCACCACCAGGGUCGAGGCGACCGCUCACAAUUUUCGGCGCCACCAGUGCAAUCCGUCCACGCGCUCACCGUGUCACUAGAAUCGUCCGAUCACGGCCUGGCUGUCUUGACUGUUGUAGUUCAAUAGUGGAAUCAAAUUUGGCUCUAUCUCAUGCCAAAGGUGAAAAAAAGUGUUGUUGAGUUGUACCAAAGUUAAGCCCUUCUCGUCUCUGAUUGGCGCCACUGAUUUACAAGUCAUUUUUAGUAUUUCUUUGUAUGUUCCUGAGAAUUUAAGCCUGUACUUUACAUUUAUUGAGGCAUAGUGCAAUUACGAAUGCUAUAAUCAUUGUACAUACAUCUCGCUCUCUCUCUCUCUCACUGUCUAUGUAUGGCAGCAUCUUUGUUAACUUUGUAAUCAUAACUUUUUUGGCAGAUUGAAUGUGCAGAAUCGAAAUAUGUAUCUAUGUAAUUGUAUUGUAUGUCUAAUGGCUAAUUCAUUUUCAAAGAAAAAAAAAACGUUAUUUACA